AUGGGAAGUUGCGUCGCUAGACCGUCGAAACUAAUAGGAGUAAGAAAAGGCGAUUACCCAAAAUCAAAAUCUGGUCGGUCGUAUUUCAACUCGAAAUGUUCACGGAAAUCGAAGAGCUCGCGGACGAGUAACAACAAGGUUCUGAAAGAUCCAUUAGAAGAGAACAUCUUGCACAAAUAUGAGAUCGGGAAUGAAUUGGGGAGGGGUGAGUUCGGGAUAACUUAUCAAUGCUUUGAGCUGGAAACUGGGGAAGCCUAUGCGUGCAAGAAGAUAUCGAAGGCGAAGCUAAAGACGGAUAUUGACAUCGAAGACGUACAGAGAGAAGUCGAGAUCUUAAGGCAUUUGCCUAAGCAUCCGAAUUUGGUGAGUUAUAAGGAUGCUUUUGAAGAUGAUGAAGCUGUUUAUCUUGUAAUGGAGCUUUGCCGUGGAGGUGAACUUUUCGAUAGAAUCGUCGCUAAAGGUCAUUAUACGGAACGAGCCGCUGCUAAAGUUAUUAAAACUAUUUUGGAGAUUGUUAAGGUGUGCCAUGAACAUGGAGUUAUACAUAGGGAUUUAAAACCAGAGAAUUUCUUGCUGGCUGAUGAAAGCGAGACUGCACCAAUUAAAGUAAUUGAUUUUGGUCUCUCCAUUUUCUAUGAACCUGGUGAACGUUUCAGUGACAUAGUGGGAAGUCCAUAUUACAUGGCUCCAGAGGUUCUAAGGAGAAAUUAUGGGAAAGAAAUUGAUAUUUGGAGCACUGGUGUCAUCCUUUAUAUCCUCCUCUGUGGCGUUCCUCCCUUUUGGGAUGGUAUUUCUAUUUCUUUUUCUUUUUUUUUAAUAUUAGUGACGGAAAGUCGAUUCCGUUCUAUUGAAAAAUUCAUCAACUUCCGACAGAUGACACUUAUUCUCCUAACAGAAUCGGCCUUCGCUCAAUAUAUAUAUAUAUAUAUAUAUAUGUGUAUUGAAAAAACAAUAAAUUGGGUUGGUGCAGAUACUGAAGAAGGAAUUGCCCGUGCAAUAAUAAGAGGGGUGAUAGAUUUUGAAAGGGACCCAUGGCCUAAAGUUUCAGCUGAAGUAAAGGACCUUGUUAGAAGCAUGCUUGAUCCUAAUCCCUACACUCGCAUAUCCCUUCAAGAGGUGCUUGAACAUCCAUGGAUACAAAACUUGCAAAAUGCUCCAAACUUCAAUCUAGGAGAAAAUGUGGGAGCAAGGAUUAAGCAGUUCUCACUAAUGAGCAAGUUCAAGAAGAAAGUUCUAAGGGUGGUUGCCGACAACUUGCCGAACGAACAAAUCGAUGUGAUUAUCGAAAUGUUCAACAUGAUGGACACCGACAAUAAUGGAUACUUGUCGUUCGAGGAACUAAGAGACGGACUUCAGAAAAUCGGUCACUCCGUCGGCGAUCCCGAUGUCCGGAUGUUAAUGGAAGCGGCGGACAUCGAUGGGAAUGGGACACUGAGCUGUGAGGAAUUCGUGAUAAUGGUGGUUCAUUUGAAAAGGAUAGGGAACGACGAGCAUCUAGCACAAGCUUUCAAUCACUUUGACAAGAACCAAAGUGGUUAUAUCGAAUUUGAAGAAUUGAAAGAAACUUUAUUGCAAGAUGACCCUGGUCCCAACAAUGAACAGCUCAUUAAGGAUAUCAUGCAAGAUGUUGACAAGGAUAAGGACGGUCGAAUCAGUUACCAAGAGUUCAAGGCAAUGAUGCUAACAGGCAUGGACUGGAAAAUGGCUUCUCGCCAAUAUUCUAGAGCAUUGAUAAAUGCAGUGAGUAUCAAAAUAUUAAGACAGUCUGGCCAACUAAAAUGACAGAUCUAGCCCCCAAAUUUCCAAAAUUCUCAAUUGAUUUCUUUAUCUGUAAAUUAUUGCUUGAACCCGAUUCUUUUAACCGAUCAUAUGUUUCAGCUUUAUUUCGAUUCUAAAAUUUGUCCUACCAUGAGCUCUAAAGUGAAUCUUAAUGCUACAAAUUGUACAAGAAACAAGGUAACUGUAUUAUU